AUGCAGUUGUAUCGUCUUUCUUGCUUCAUCGCUCUUCUCCCUGCAGCUUUGAUGGCUGUUGCGGCUUUACCGUCUGUAGAGACCGAUGUUUCUGUCUUCGAUGAAGUCACCGAUGUAGGCGACAAGAUCAAGUACAUCGAAGCCGACGAAGUCACCGAUGUAGGAGACAAAAUCAAGUAUAUCGGCAGUGUCGAGGAGUGA